AUCACCGGAGAACCCAAUUUGUUUCCUUCCUUUCCUGUUUUGCCCUUCCCUGUUCUUUUAUUCUUUUCUUAUCUACCAAAAAAAAAAAAAACUACGAGCAAGAACAAAAAAAAAAUAAAAACUGUAUGUACCACCAAGAGACUAGUUGUCAGAUAGAUAUUCGCGAGACGAGAAGCUUCAAUUCAAAACCCUAGAGCUCAUCUCUCUCCAGGUACGGCCUUUUCGUUUUUGGCUUUCACCGGCGUGGAUCUCCGGUGACGGGAGAUUCUGAAUUUUGGAGAGAUUAGAUCAUGUAUAGGGAGAGGGGUAUGGUUGGAUCGAAGUCGGAGGUGGUCGAUCGGAAACGAAUAAACGAGAUUCACGAUAAUCGACCCUCGCAUUCGAUGUCUCAGCCCGUCAAUGGAAAAGGCAAGGUAACAGCGACCUCCGUUUUGAUGGGGAAGCAGCAAUUGCAUGAUAGAGAUUCACGUUCUGGUUCUAUCUCCAAGACUAACAUUUCCGACGCUGUAGAUAUAUCAGACACAGACAGCGAAGAAUCAGAAGUUAGUGGUUCUGAUGGAGAGGAUACCUCAUGGAUAUCUUGGUUCUGCAACCUACGCGGGAACGAGUUCUUCUGUGAAGUUGAUGAUGAUUACAUCCAGGAUGACUUUAACUUGUGUGGACUCAGCCAUCAAGUUCCUUACUACGACUAUGCGCUUGAUUUGAUUUUGGAUGUAGAGUCUUCGCAUGGUGAGAUGUUUACAGAGGAGCAGAAUGAAUUGAUCGAGUCAGCAGCAGAGAUGCUUUAUGGAAUGAUUCAUGCUCGUUACAUAUUGACAAGCAAAGGGCUGGCUUCUAUGUUAGACAAAUACAAAAACUAUGACUUUGGAAGAUGCCCAAGAGUUUAUUGUUGUGGCCAACCUUGUUUACCAGUUGGGCAAUCCGAUAUCCCUCGAGCAAGCACCGUAAAGAUAUAUUGCCCCAAAUGUGAAGACGUCUAUUACCCACGAUCAAAAUACCAAGGAAACAUAGAUGGAGCGUACUUUGGGACAACGUUUCCACAUCUGUUCUUGAUGACGUACGGACAUCUGAAGCCACAAAAGGCAUCACAAAGCUACACUCCAAGAGUGUUUGGGUUCAAGUUACACAAGCCGUGAAGGAAACAAGGAAGAAGAAAUGCACCCUUGGGUUUUGAGAAACAAAAAACGUGUGUAAACAAAACAAACAAAAAAAAAGACCAGUAUGAAGGUGAAACUAGUUCUCUCUCUUUUCCUCUCUUUGUUUUUUUUUUUUUUUGUAUUGUCCUUAGGGCGGUUUAGGUAAAAAAAACAUUAGCAGCAUGGACUGGUGAAAUGAAAUCCCAUUAUUAUAAUUGUAAUACUUUACCUUAUUGUUGUUCUUUAUGCUUUCGACUUCUUCCCAA